AUGUAAGACCUUAGAACAAAAGUGAAUAUUAUAUUGCAUCAAAUAGAAAGCAAUAGAAUGCACAGGUUUAUGGAAAAUAAAUAUGUUCAAUCUUUCCAGGACUUCUACAUCAAUUACAAAAACAUGCUCUGGAAGAAAGAAUUAUCAACAAAAAUAGAAUCACAAUAUUCACCUUUCAAAAAUUUAAAUCUCAUAAUUACUUUAAAAGAAUUAUUUAAAAUGUUGAAAAAUACUGUAAUAUUCCGUUAAAAACAAAGAGAUGGAAGAAUCUUCAAUUGCUUCAUUAAUGAAAAUUAAUAAUUUUGUAUCAUUUAUCCAGGACUAACAUCCGAAAUCAGUACCAUUACUAAGUGA